GCAUCAUCAAACCCCACUGAUUCUUCUCUCUCUCUCUCUCUCUCACUACUCUGUCACUUCCUCAUAUGGCUCGUUCUCUGCCCCAACUUGUUUCUUCCAUCUUCCUCCUCUUCCUCCUGCUUCUGGCCACAGGGAUGGGGCCAAGAAUGGUGGCAGAAGCGAGGAUGUGCGAGUCAGCGAGCCAACGCUUCAGAGGAAUAUGUGUGAGGUCCUCUAACUGUGCCUCUGUGUGCCAGUCGGAGGGCUUCGCCGACGGCCACUGCCGUGGGUUCCGCCGCCGUUGCCUCUGCCGCAAACAAUGCUGAGUGCUCCUCAAAUACGUUCAACCUCAUGUCGUCUGGGGGGAGAAACAUCAUGAUGUGUUUGUGUUGCAGAAUAAUUGUACCCUCACUCUAUUAUGCAUUGGGUACUUUCGUUGUGUAAACAGUGUCAAGAGUCUUAAAUCCAUCCAUAUUCUCCAUUAUAUAUACGUACCUGCAAUACCAAAUAAUUUAUGUGUUGAUAACCUGUACUUUUUUUCUUUUCCUUUAGUCUAGUCUUGAGUAAGGUAACUAUACAACAUGGGCUAUUUGGAUUGGCAGCA